AUUUCGAACAGCCAACACAAUGAAUCGCCUCUCUUGUUUUCUGCUCGUCAUUGGAUUGUGCGUUGGGUUGAGUAACGCAUAUGAGAAAAACUCUGUACACUUCAAGAACUCUCUUGGUCGUAACAAUAUCUUGAAGAUCAAUUGUUUAUCAAACAACGACAAUCUAGGCUUCCACUUUUUGCGGCCUGGAGAAACCUACGAAUUCAGUUUUCAUGAUAGUGUUUUUAAAACAGAAUUUUUCUGUGACCUAUGGCAAGGGCCUAAUUUCAAGUUCCAUGCAGGGUUCACGGGAUAUGAAGGUGGUGGUCUCAUCGUUCAUUAUGGUAAACAAAACUUUUGGGAUGCUAGAGAAGAUGGAAUUUACUUCACACAUGGCCAAAAAACGCCCAAGUUAGAGUAUAAUUGGGAAUAAUUAUUAGCUCACUUUUCUUUUAAGUUUACCAAAAGUAAUUUUUUUCUUGUGUAUUGUGAAAGAAUACCUUUGUUAUAAAUUAUCAAAGGCACGUUAGUAAUAUUUACGUACUCCUAUCUAUUAAAAAGAAGCAUUUGUCAUUAAUUCGUUCGUACUAUAUUUGUUACGUGUCAGCUUCACGUCGAUUUCAAUUUUAGUACGCUGACGUAUUGACCUCGGAGUCAUUUAACAAUUAAUGCGUUUACAUACUAAUUUUUUAAACUUCACCGCAUACAAUUUAAUGUGUUCAAAC